CGACAGUUUGAAUAGCUGUACGGUAACCCAUGUCCUUUAAAUCACUGGAUUCCCUGGUUUCACUGGAUUCCCUGCAAGACAGACGUUUCCUUUGCUUCCUACAGAUGGACACUCUCUACAUCUCUCCCCACCCUGAUGACUUCAGGAGUUUGUUGCCGAUGAUCGCCGCUGAGUACUGUGGAUCUCCUCCACGAAUAGUGCAAGAGGGUCCUCCGGCUGAGGUUGCUGGCUCUCGUCCUGCACUUGUCUUGGCAGGUGGCACGGUGCUCACUGGUGCAAGUGCUGUGAGCUGGUACCUGGCAGCAGCGGCUAAACGGACAGGCAGCGAUAAGAAGCAGGAGAGUCAGGUGUGGCAGUGGCUGAGCUAUGCUGAGAAUGAGCUGACGCCUGUGGCCUGUGCUGUGGUAUUCCCUCUGCUGGGUGUAAUGGGAAUUGACAAAAAGCUUCAGCAGAGUUCCAGAGCAGAGCUGCUGCGUGUUCUGAAAGCUCUAGAUGAGAAUCUACAGUCACAGACAUUCCUGGUUGGGGAGGGCGUGACUUUGGCAGAUAUGGCGGUUGCUACGGCAGCAGUGCUGCCAUUCAGAUAUGUAUUGGAGCCUGCAGACAGAAAGUCAUUUGUGAAUGUGACCAGGUGGUUUAAUAUGUGUGCUAACCAGCCACAGUUCCUGAAGGUAUGGGGUAAAAUCUCUUUGUGUGAGAAAAUGGUACCAGUUAUACCCAAACCCAGCACUGCCACCAACGCCACGGCAACUGCUGCUUUCAGCACCGCACCACUCAACAGUGCACCUGAAAAUGAUCCACCCAAGACAGAGGCUCAGCUGAAGAAAGAGGCCAAGAAGCGUGAAAAGAUGGAGAAGUUUCAACAGAAGAAAGAGAUGGAGGAGAAAAAGAAAAUGCAGCCUCAGACUGAGAAAAAAGCCAAACCCGAGAAGAAGGAACUGGGUGUGAUCACUUACGACAUCCCCACUGCACCUGGAGAGAAGAAAGAUAUCCUGAGUCCUCUGCCUGACUCAUAUAGUCCUCAGUAUGUGGAAGCAGCCUGGUACCCCUGGUGGGAGAAACAGGGAUUCUUUAAGCCUGAAUAUGGGAGGAAGAGUGUAAGUGAGCCAAACCAGCAUGGCAUGUUCAUGAUGUGUAUCCCUCCACCAAAUGUGACUGGAUCCCUGCACCUUGGCCAUGCCUUAACCAAUGCUAUUCAGGACUGCCUGACAAGAUGGCAUAGGAUGAAAGGAGAGACCACGCUGUGGAAUCCCGGCUGUGAUCAUGCUGGUAUUGCCACUCAGGUGGUGGUCGAGAAGAAACUGAUGAGAGAGAGAAAGAUGACCAGACAUGAUUUUGGGAGAGAGAACUUCAUCCAGGAGGUCUGGAAGUGGAAGAACGAAAAGGGAGAUCGCAUCUACCAUCAGCUGAGGAAGCUGGGCUCCUCUCUAGACUGGGACAGAGCUUGUUUUACCAUGGAUACUAAACUGUCAUUUGCGGUCCAGGAGGCAUUUAUACGCAUGCAUGAGGAGGGUGUGAUUUACAGGAGCAAGAGACUGGUGAACUGGUCCUGCACGCUCAACUCUGCCAUCUCUGACAUAGAGGUGGAUAAAAAAGAGCUGACAGGUCGAACUCUUCUACCUGUACCGGGUUACGAGGAGAAGAUUGAGUUUGGAGUGCUGGUGUCCUUCUCAUAUAAGAUUGACGGAUCAGAUGAGGAGGUUGUAGUGGCCACCACACGUAUUGAGACCAUGCUUGGAGACACAGCUGUGGCUGUCCAUCCUAAUGACACCAGGUAUCAGCACCUCAAGGGCAAGAUGGUCAUUCACCCAUUCUGUGACAGAAAGAUGCCCAUCGUGUUUGAUGACUUUGUGGAUAUGAACUUUGGAACAGGUGCAGUAAAGAUUACACCUGCUCAUGAUCAUAAUGAUUACGAGGUGGGAGAGAGACACAAACUGCCCUUCAUAAACAUCCUGGAUGAGAACGGUGUCCUUGUCAACGUUCCUUCUCCAUUCCUGGCCAUGAAGCGUUUUGAGGCGAGGAAAGCUGUGCUGCAGGCUCUCAAAGAUAGAGGCCAGUUUAAGGAGAUCAAAGACAAUCCUAUGGUUGUGCCUGUCUGCAGCCGUUCUAAGGACAUAGUGGAGCCUCUGCUGAAGCCCCAGUGGUAUGUGGACUGCAGAGAAAUGGGGAAGCAGGCGGCAGACGUUGUCCGAAAUGGAGAACUCAAGAUCAUCCCUGACCACCACCUCAAAACCUGGUUCAACUGGAUGGACAACAUCAGGGACUGGUGUAUCUCGCGACAGUUGUGGUGGGGUCACAGGAUACCAGCGUACUUUGUAACUGUGAGCGAUCCUUCGGUCAAACCAGGCGAGGAUGUGGAUGGACAUUUUUGGGUCAGCGGCAGGUCAGAGGAAGCAGCAAGAGAAAAAGCAGCCAAACGCUUCAAUGUGACUGUAGACAAAAUCUCUCUUCGGCAGGAUGAGGAUGUGUUGGACACAUGGUUCUCCUCAGGAAUCUUCCCCUUCUCCAUCUUUGGUUGGCCCAACGAGUCAGAGGACCUGCGGGUGUUCUACCCAGGCACGCUGCUAGAGACGGGGCAUGAUAUCUUGUUCUUUUGGGUGGCUCGUAUGGUCAUGAUGGGUCUCAAACUCACUGGAAAACUCCCUUUCAAAGAGGUGUACCUGCAUGCAGUGGUGCGAGACACCCAUGGCAGGAAAAUGAGUAAAUCUCUCGGUAACGUUAUCGACCCCCUGGAUGUCAUUACUGGCAUCUCACUGGAGGGUCUUCAUGUUCAGCUAACUGACAGUAAUCUUGACCCUGUGGAGAUUGAAAAGGCCAAACAGGGACAGAAAUCUGACUAUCCUAAUGGAAUUCCAGAAUGUGGCACUGAUGCUCUUAGGUUUGCACUGUGUGCUUACACCAGUCAAGGCCGAGACAUUAAUAUGGAUGUGAACAGGAUUUUAGGAUACAGGCAUUUCUGUAACAAGCUGUGGAAUGCAGUGAGGUUUGCAAUGAGGACUCUGGGAGAGGGCUUUGUGCCCUGGGAGAAAGCUCAGCUGUGUGGCAGUGAAAGUGUGUCUGAUCGCUGGAUUCUGUCCCGGCUCAGUGCUGCUGUAACUCAGUGUGAUAUUGGAUUCCAGGCAUAUGAUUUCCCAGCAAUCACUACUACCAUCUACAGUUUCUGGCUCUACGAGCUUUGUGAUGUCUAUCUGGAGAGUGUGAAGCCGGUGUUAAGUAAGACAGACCCAGAGGGACAGAAGCAGGCAGACAUCUGCAGACAAACUCUCUACACCUGUCUGGAGGUGGGACUCCGCCUCCUGUCUCCCUUCAUGCCUUUCGUUACAGAGGAGCUUUUCCAGCGGUUGCCAAGGAGACAGCCUCAGGACAGUCCCCCCAGCAUCUGUGUCACACCCUAUCCAGACACUUCAGAGUUCUGUUGGCACAGUGAGGAGAUCGACCGUCAGAUGGAGUUUGUGAUGUCUGUGGUCAGAACCAUUCGUUCUCUCAGGGCCGAUUACAACCUGACCAAGACUCGUGCUGACUGUUAUCUGCAGUGCAUAGACUCCGAUACUGUUGCUCUUAUCCAGAAAUACAGUCUGCAGAUCCAGACACUGUCUUACUCUCAGGCCAUUCACCCAGUCACAGAGGGCAGCAGUGCUAUCCCACAGGGCUGUGCGGUGGCCAUUGCCUCAGACAAAUGCACCGUUCACCUCAUGCUGAAGGGUUUGAUUGACUUAGAAAAGGAGGUCACCAAACUAAUGGUGAAAAAAGGAGAGCUGGAGAAACAGAUGGAGAAACUGAAAGAGAAGAUGACCAAGAACGACUACAAGGAGAAAGUUCCUGUUAAAGUGCAGGAGGCACAUGCUGAGAAGCUGAGGCAAAAUGAGACAGAACUGCGGAAAGUGAAGGAAGCCACCGAGAACUUCAGAAAGAUGAUGUAACAACUCACCUUUCAACAUGUCUUCUUUCCUUUAAAUGACAAACUUUUACAUUCUGAUAAUUUUUUAUCCUUUAUAUGUUUAAUGUAUGUCAGUCCUGCCUACCAAAUGACAAUGUGGGGAAUCUUAACGCCGUUGUGACUUGUCUCAUUUGUGUAUAUGAAAAUGCAUUGAUAAUGAUGAAAGUAUUGACAGUUUAAGGAAUAGUUCCCCAAAAAUGAAAAUUCUCUAAUCAUUUACUCACCCUCAUGUAAGACUUUAUUUAUUCUUCAGAACAGACAAAGAUUUUUAGAAGAAUAUUUUUGCUCUGUAGGUCCAUAAAAAUGUUAAGCACCAAAAAGCACAUACAGGGUAUAGGCAGUAUAAAAGUAAUCCAUAAGACUCCAGUGGUUAAAUCCAAAUCUUCAGAAGUGAUAUGAUGGGUGUGAAUUAGAAACAGAUCAAUAUCUGUUCUGAUAACCUGAGAAAGAGAUCUGUCUGUUUUUACCACAAAGUUCCCUCCCUGCCCAGUAGGUGGUGAUAUGCACGAAGAAUGUGAAUCACCAAAAACAAAACAAAAAUAACUUAGUGUAGAUAUAAAUAGACUUAAAUAUGGAACUGUUUCUCACCUACACCUAUCAUAUCGCUUCAGAAGAUAUGGAUAUAACUGGAGUCUUAUGGAUUACUUUUAUGCUUUGUUUAUGUGCAUUUUUGAAGGACAAUGCGUAUUUUUAAACUUCUGCAGUUAAUCCAGGAUGGACUUUGUAGACAUUUGUCAUUAAUCUUAGUUAAUAAAAAAAUAUUUUCUUUUCAUUUUAAAACACUGGACCUUAACACUUACUUAAUUUACAAAUGUAAAACUAUGACUAAGCAAAGCAUAUAAAUAACUAAUAUUGGCAUUAUGUUCAUGAUGUUAGCCAGAGGGGAACUGGCUCCCACAGUAAGUUUGGUUUCCCCCAAGGCUAUUUUUCUCCAUUAAAUAACAUCUUCUGGAGUUUUGUUUUCCUUGCCACAGUCACCUUCAGCUUGCUCACUGGGGUUAUUAAUACAAUUAUUAUUUAAUUACUUAUUUUUAUACACAUUUUACAAUCAUAUUUGAUCAAACUACACAAUGAUGACGAAGACAUUAUAGAUAUUACGGUGCCAUUUUUUAUUUUGUUAAUGCAUGUUUUACUGAAAAGCUGCUUUGAAACUGUGUGUUGUGAAAAAUCGCUAUUCAAAUAAAUAUGACGACAUUUUGGAGCUUCAAAAUUUUGACACCCAUUCACUUGUAUUGUGUGGACUUACAAAGCUGAAAUAUUCUUCUAAAAAUCUUUUUUAUUCCACAAAAGAAAAAGUCAUACACAUCUGGGAUGGCAUGAGGGUGAGUAAAUCAUGAGAGAAUUUUCAUUUUUCAACUAUCCUUUUAAGUUGAGCUGGAAC